GUUCAGGAUCAUCAAGUCCCUGUUGGUGGCCAAGCUCGAAUUCUUGCGCGGUGCGUGGUGCCGACGCCUGCCAAUGCGAGAGGGAAAACUUUCCCCUUGUUGGUUUGGUACCAUGCUGGAGGUUUCAUCUCUGGUUAUGCCGCUAUGGAUGAUUACAUUCUCAGGCACAUCUGCGUGGAGCUGCAGAUCUCUAUCGUCAAUGUCGAUUACAGACUCGCUCCCGAAUUCCCAUUCCCCACAGGGAUCAAUGACAGCUACGCGGCUCUUAAGUGGGCGGUCCAGAAUGUCGCGUUGCUUUCGGCAAACCUGUCGAAGGGGUUCAUCGUGUCUGGUCUCUCGGCAGGCGGAACGAUCGCCGCGGUGAUGGCUUUGCGUGCCCGUGAUGACCCUUUCUUCCGUUCGUACCCCCUCACAGGACAGAUCCUACAUUCUCCAGCCACCAUUCACCCCGCCGCAUACCCUGACAGGCAAGCCAAAAUCGCUAUCUUUUACUCGUCCCUAUCUUUUACUCACGCGCCCAUACUUCCAGGAAGGGCGUUAGCGUGGUUUUAUGGGCUGGUGAAAGCUCCUCCUGCGGAUCCUGAUUUCUCGCCUUUGCUGGCUUCUGAACAUGCCGGGCUUCCCCCGCUCUGGAUGCAACUCGCGGGGAUGGAUCCCUUGCGAGAUGAAGCGCUGCUGUACGAGAAGGUUCUCAGGACAAGUGGCGUUCAGACCAAGCUACAUGUAUACCCUGGCGUUCCACACGCGUUUGAGUUCGUGUUUCCGAAGUUGUCUAUCUCGAUUCAGUUCCGGAGUGAUUUCAGGGAUGGGAUUAAGUGGUUAUUGGCGCUUUCUGCUUAG